GCGCAGCCAUUGUCCCGCGCGCGGGCGCUUGCUGUCGCCGAGCAGCUCGGCCCUUCAGAGUUAACCCCCAGCGACCUUGCGGAUGCUGACUAGGGGAGGGGACCGAACUAGCUUAACCCGAGUCGACCGUGUGGCAGAAUCGGGGCAGGGGGUUGCUUAACCCGAGUUCGUCCUGCCGCAGAGCCGUGCCAGGCACUGAGGCGGUGACAGGCCCAGCCUGGGCUGCGGGCCAGCGGACGCCCAGGUUGGUGGGGCGUGGGGCAGCUCUUGGUGUCCGAUGCGCGCAUGCGCAGGGUCUAGGCGGGAAGCUGGAAGCGGUGGUGAGUGUAGCGGGGAGACCUGAUAUCUCUGCGGGUGGCGCUUUAGCCUGGGGGUCACCGGGGUUGAUGGAGUUACCGAGGCAGCUGUGUAUUCCGCGACUGUCCUCUGCGUGCAUGCGCGGGUGCUUGGUCAGGUGGUGCUCUUGUCUGGGGCCUGAGGAUGCUCAGGUUGCUGGAACACAGGGCACAUGAAUUGAUGUAAGGGGACAUCUUGAGAACUCCCCUCCUCCAAUGCCGGGCAUGUUUAGUGGAGGCCUGAGGAUGUCCGGGUUGAUGGAGUACUCCAUUGCAGAUUGUGGUUUCUGGAGAAGAGGGGCUGUGCCGCUGUCCCUUUAUUCUUGAGCAGGUAUUUGGGUAGGAAGCAAAAGGUGGUAGGUAAGAUUCCGAGCAGGUGACCCUGGGCCCCUGGAGCAGACAGCGCGCUUCUCCAAGGUCUAGGGUCGCUGUGGUUGGUGGAGAGACCAGGUUGGAGUUGCAGGCUGAAGGAGGGUAUCAGGGCCUAGAAACAGGUUCUGGGCAGAGGGCACCCUGCAUGUCCUGGGGGUGUCUGAAUGGAAAACAGAAACUUAAACGGAUAGUAGGGACCUAUGUAGGAUAGUGCAGAGCUCUAGGGCAUUCAAGAUGGGCAGAGACUCCGGGUUGGAGAUAUAGAAUUUGAGUCCAGGAAGGACAGAGCUGCAACAGCUGCCAUCAAAUUGGUAGCUGGGGAGGAAGCAGCAUGUUGCCAGCAUCGUUAUGAAGCAGGUGUUGCUGAGACCUUUACUUGGGCUAUACUACUUGCAGGCAUGAGAAUGUGCAGGUUAGUAGAGGGACAGAGUCUGUGCUGCAGAUUUGGUGCUGGGAAGAGCGGACUGCAUGACACCCAGGCCCUCGUGUUUGGGCAAGAGAAGGCCAAAGGGCCCAGUUCCCAUUGAGCUGCUGUACCAUGGGCUUGAGAACCCCCACGCUGGCGAGUGGCCAAGUCCCGGGGCUGACUGUGGAGCUGUAUGCUCAAGCUACUGUUUAGUUGUUGUAGUGUUCUGGCUGCAGGCAAAUAGUGGGGCAGGUGACCCCCAAACCCACACAGAGGCUGGGGGUGCCUGAGAUGUCCCAGGCAGGUAGAGACACAGGGUGAGGGAUGUAGAUUCUUGUCUCAGGAGCAGGGUGUGCCCCUAGACUGGCAGAGGAGCCAGGUCCUGGAUGCAGAUGGUGAGCAUGAGCCUGUUCUGUGGCUGUGUCAGUAGGAGGAGGGAGCCUAGGUGGGUAGCCCGUGUGCAGUGGCUGCGGAAUAGAGGUCUGGGGGCUCCAGUUUGGAUCUGGUCUUAGGAGGCAAGGGGCUGCUCCAGCAGCACUCUGCACAUGUGCUGGCAUUCGGGUGGAUUGGGGAGGCAUGGGCAGUCCUAGGACCCUGGUUCUGCCUGAGGAUGCCCAGGUGCGUGGAGGGAGCAGCUGCAGAGGGGCGGGACUGUGUCAGGCACCCCUUGUGCACACACACAGGUGUUCGGUUGGAAAACAGGAGGCCGGAGAUGAGUUUUAGACAGAGGGUGCUGGGGUCUUUGGGUGAUUGGAACCCUGAUCACAGCCUGAUGGUGCCCAGGUUGGUGGAAAGACAGGAUCUUCCUGAGCCACAGGUGCCCCGAAAGGUGUUUAGCCAGAAUCUGGGCAGGUGUGGCUCAAGCAGGGGGCUGUGGAGUAAGGUGGAGGAAACAGUUUGGGUGCAAGUUCAGGAAACAGCUCCAUUGUGAACCUACACUAUGCCGCGUGAGAAUAUGGUGGGAGCAGGAGAGAGAGUAAAUAGGAGAGAUGGGGUGCCUAGGGUAGGAUUCACCAGGGCUGCUCUAUCCUUGGAUCCCAAAACACCUAGUUGGUACAGAGGCACCUGAGCUUCUGAGACAUGUAUUUAGAGCUGUAGGUAGCAGGUAGGGCUGCUUUUGUCUGACUUGUGCUGGUGUCCGUUGGAGGCCCCCAGUCCUAUACAGGCCUUGUUACAGUUUCAGGCCUGAGUAUACCCAAGUUGGUGGAGGGACUGGUUUAGAGCUGCAAAUUCAGGGCCUGGGAGGGUGUUAGGGUGGGAAUCUGGCUGGCACUGUUGGAGUAGGAGCCAUUGGACCCCAGAAGUGUGGAGGGAACAGGAUUGCAGCUCAAGACCUCAGCACCCUGCUGUGCCGGGAGGAGAGCAUGGAAGAGCAGGAUGAGAAGCCCCCAGAGCCCCCGAAGGCCUGUGCACAGGAUUCUUUCCUUCCUCAAGAGAUUAUUAUCAAAGUCGAGGGAGAAGACACUGGGUCACUGACCAUCCCAUCUCAGGAAGGAGUGAACUUCAAAACUGUGACUGUGGACUUCACACAGGGGGAACAGGGUACUUGGAACCCUUCUCAGAGGACCCUGAACAGAGAUGUGAUCCUGGAGAACCACAGGGACCUAGUCUCUUGGGACUUGGCAACUGCAGUUGGAAAAAAAGACCCAACUUCAAAGCAGAGCAUUUUUGAUGAAGAACCAGCUAAUGGAGUGAAGAUAGAAAGGCUUACAAGGGAUGAUCCUUGGUUAUCUUCAUGUGAAGAAGUUGGUGAUUAUAAAGACCAGUUGGAGAAGCAACAGGAAAAACAAGAGAUACUUUUGCAGGAAGUGGCAUUCACUCAAAGGAAAGUGGUUAUUCAUGAGAGAGUCUGCAAAAGUGAUGAACCUGGGGAGAAGAGUGGUCUGAAUUCCGGUCUAUUUUCAUCCCCGAUUAUAUCCAUAAGAAACCAUUUUCAUAAACAUGUAUCACAUGCUAAAAAAUGGCCUCUUAAUUCUGCUGUAAAUAGUCAUCAGAAGAUUAAUGAGAAUGAGACUCUAUAUGAAAAUAAUGAAUGUGGAAGACCCCCUCAAAGCAUUCACCUUAUUCAGUUUACAAGAACUCAAACAAAAGACAAAUCCUAUGGAUUUAGUGACAGUAUUCAAUCUUUUUGCCAUGGUAUACCCCUACAUAUACAUGAAAAAAUCCAUGGAGGAGGAAAAACCUUUGAUUUUAAAGAAUGUGGGCAAGUUUUGAACCCCAACAUAUCCCAUAAUGAACAACAGAGAAUUCCUUUUGAAGAGAGUCAAUAUAAGUGUAGUAAAACCUCUCAGAGUUCCUCCGUUACUCAAAACAUGAGAAAUAAUUCUGAAGAGAAACCUUUUGAAUGUAAUCAGUGUGGGAAAUCCUUCAGCUGGAGCUCUCAUCUUGUUGCACAUCAGAGAACUCAUACAGGGGAGAAACCUUAUGAAUGUAGUGAAUGUGGAAAAUCCUUCAGCCGGAGCUCACACCUUGUUUCCCAUCAGAGAACUCAUACUGGAGAGAAGCCUUACAGGUGUAAUCAAUGUGGGAAAUCCUUUAGCCAGAGUUAUGUCCUUGUUGUGCAUCAAAGAACUCAUACUGGAGAGAAGCCUUACGAAUGCAAUCAGUGUGGAAAGUCAUUCAGGCAGAGCUAUAAACUUAUUGCACAUCAAAGAACACAUACCGGAGAGAAGCCCUAUGAAUGUGAUCAAUGUGGGAAAUCAUUUAUCCAGAGCUAUAAACUUAUUGCACAUCAAAGAAUUCAUACUGGAGAAAAACCCUAUGAAUGCAAUCAGUGUGGGAAAUCCUUCAGUCAAAGUUAUAAACUUGUUGCUCAUCAGAGAACUCACACAGGAGAAAAACCCUUUGAAUGUAAUCAGUGUGGGAAAUCCUUCAGCUGGAGCUCUCAGCUUGUUGCACAUCAAAGAACUCACACUGGAGAGAAACCGUAUGAAUGUAGUGAAUGUGGAAAAUCUUUUAACCGCAGUUCUCACCUUGUUAUGCAUCAGAGAAUUCACACUGGGGAAAAACCGUAUGAAUGUAAUCAGUGUGGGAAAUCCUUCAGCCAGAGUUAUGUUCUUGUUGUACAUCAGAGAACUCAUACUGGAGAAAAGCCCUAUGAAUGCAGUCAAUGUGGGAAGUCCUUCAGACAGAGUUCAUGCCUUACUCAACAUCAGAGAACUCAUACUGGAGAGAAACCGUUUGAAUGUAAUCAGUGUGGAAAAACAUUUAGCUUGAGUGCUCGACUUAUUGUGCAUCAAAGAACUCACACUGGAGAGAAACCCUUUACAUGUAUUCAGUGUGGAAAAGCUUUCAUUAAUAGCUAUAAACUUAUCAGGCAUCAGGCAACUCAUACUGAAGAGAAACUCUAUGAAUGUAACUAGUUUCUAAGUCAGCUGGGAUUUAUUCCCUUUUAUUCUUUUAAAAAGUUUAUUUUAAGGUAGUACAUGUUGUGGGAAGAACUACUAUAAAAACAAUAUAUGUGGGAAAACUUCCAGUCCUCUGUUAAUUGUGUGUCUGAAAUUUGUUCUGGAAAAGAAAGGGGGAAAAUCUAUGAAUGACUUUUCAACCUAGCAAUUCCAUAUACAACAUUAAACUUGAUUCUCAUGACAUAUUCCUAUGAAAAUAAUAAAUAUUGGCACUUUUCCUUGCAGAAAGCACUCUGACCUGAAUCAGAGAAAAUCAUAUGCCAAAGCCAGCUGCCAGUGUGUUAGACCUUUUUCAUAAAGAGUAAAUGGAAUGCUAACACUAGUGGACUUAUUGAGAAGAUUGAAAGGUUGCUGUAGUGUUUAGAACUUAGGCCGGAAAACCAUAUUUUAGUGCUUAAUUUUACUACAUGGUCUUCCAAUGAGAUAGCUUGUAAUCUGUUCCUUACAGCACUUGCUGUUACAUGUGAAGAUUUUGUAAAUUUUAGGAACGUGUCUACGAUAUGUAGUGAAAAAUGUGGAAAAAUAAUAUAGAAAUAAUAUUCACUUCUAUAACCAUUAUGAUAAAAUAUUUGUGUAUGGAUUAGAAUAGAAAGGGAUUAUGGAUAUAUCUAUUCAGUUUUUUUGGUUUAUGUUUGGCCUUUUUGGAAUGUAUGCUGUUGUACUAUGAUAAAUGAUAUAACGAGUAAAACUUAUUCAAAACCAAAAAUGAAA